CAGGGAACGGCGGCAGCAGCAGCUGUGCCGGGGACCAGCACCCACAGCUGGAGAGCCCAGGCCCGACUGGCUCUGCCGGUGGGACACCAAGUAGGAGAACUCGUUUCAGGUACUGUUCAGUGUUUUGUGCUUUGCAGGAAUGGUGACUGAGGGGGAGGGAGGCCGGGAGGGUGUCUGGGCAGGAGGAGCGGGAGCCAUCUGCGAAGCUUUUGUUUGGCCUAAUUACUAUAAAGCUCCUUAUGCACUGCCGGCAGAGAAGGGCAGGCUGUUCCACGGCAAGGGGGUGAGGAGGCUUUCAUUCCUUUCCUUUCUCCUCUCCAUCACUAGGAGAAUGGAAAAAUUAGUUGAGGGGCCGCUCUGAAACCAGGCCAAGGCAGUGAGAAGCCCGAGGGCUCCGGAGCGAUGCAGCUCUGCAGGGAUUGGUCCAGGAGCGACUGCAGUGAAGGGGGGGAGAGCAGCAGGAGGGGGACCCAGCCCGGCUCCCGGCCCGCCAGCCCUGGCAGGCUGGGGGGAGUUAGGAUGGGAGGAAGAAUCUGAAGUGUCCCUUCCUAUUCCCAUGGCAGUCCCACCUCCUGCUGAGACGCGGCUUUAACUGUGCUGAGACAACACUUUGCUCAGGGCUCUUUUUACCCCUUGCAUUGUGAUGCACAGAUCAUUCUCUGUUUGUUAUUUAUUAAUUCUUGGGGGGAAAGAAGUUGUGUUCACUGCAGAAAAAAAUCUCUGAGCCAAAGGCACCAUCUUGCAUCCCAGAAUGGUGACAGUCAUGCCUGCCUGCAUGGUAUUUUAAUUCUGGUCCAAGUUCUGGAAAGAACGAGUUGGCAAGAAAAUCCUUUAAAUUCUCAGCUUCUUUCCAUCUUGGAAGGACGUAGGCACUAUGUUUGUAGUUCACCCUUCAUGUCACAGAAUCCCUUGAGAGAGGGAGCUGUUGGGAGCAGCUAGGCCAUCCCACUGGAGUUUGUGAGGGCACUGUGAGGGCACAUCACCGUGUCCCGGCUGCAGGGGAACAGUCUACUAGCCAGGAGUUCAGUCAGUGCCAGGUUUGAAUAGUUUGCCCUCAGGUGAGCAGACUUCCAUUUGAUAAUGUGACCUUGGAAGUGCCAAUGGUUUCUUCAUGAGUAGCAGCCAAAGAAUAAAUGGAGACCUGAAGGGCCUUGCAUCCAGACCUCCUGCAAGGGCCUGAGCUGAGGCCUGUGGUGGGCUCUAAUAAGCUGAGUAGCUUCUCCCCCUGAGAGUUACAAGGUCAACUUCUCCCCAUGGCCAUUUGUGCAAAAGGAGACCCCUCUUAGGACAUCUAUGUGACAAAAAAUCAGAGAUGCAGUUGGUUGAGGCAGAGGAGUUGGUUAUUGGGCUAUGGAGACCAGAUUGUCUUGCAGCAGUAGCAAUAUUGGCUUUGUCCAUACGUUCCCUGUUCACAACCAGGGUCCUAAAGGAAGGUUUGUAAAUUGUAUUAACUUUCUCAGGAGUGCCACUCCUGUUGUUUCUCAAGUACUUGUUUCCUAAAGUUAGUGAGUGACCACCAGCUCUAUAAAUUUGACUCCAGCAUCCCUUGGGAUAUAAAAUACAAUUUGAGGCACAGUCUAGUCAAUACGCCUUCAAUGCACAAAUCCUCUGAGGGACCUCAGUUUAUUACAUUUCAGAGAUUUCUUUCAUCAAAGUAUCUGUUCUUUCCAUAAAAUUGUCCCUUUGUGGAGUUGUUGAAGUCCCAGCAUCACAGAUUCCCAGCUUUCAGAAUAUUGUUUGCUGCCCACUUUGGCUAUCCAACAGCUGGAGCAGUUGCAAGAAAUGUUUUCUGGGGUUGUAAUCUUCUGAUAUUUGGAAGAAGCACCUUUGUACUUUGUUAUUUCCUUAAAUUCUCAUGUUAUUAUUUCGAUGAACCACCUGUAACUUAGUUCUCAAAUGCCAUCUGCAAGUGGUCUUGCCUUUCAUUUUUGAGGGUGUUAUUCCUAAAAUGUGACCUAUGCAGUGAACACCAUCUUUUGGAUAGAGGAUUUUUCUUCUUUUGGGUUUUUUUGAUUUUUUUAGAUAAACUGUUCGUCUGUUUUGGGAAGGCAAAGAAGUGAUCAAAAUAAAGUAGAGACUUGCAGAAUCAAUGUUUAAGUAACGUUUAGCAGGAAUAAGUCGUGCCCAGCUACCAGGAGCUGGUGGCUCUGCAGCUGAGAUGCCUGACCCUCUGCUGUUGUGUGUAAUUUUUCAGGUUGCAAUUCCCCCAGCUGGCCCUGAGGCGGAGGUUGGGCCAGCUGAGCUGUAUGUCUAGGCCUGCUCUGAAACUCCGUUCUUGGCCUCUGACUAUUCUCUAUUACCUUCUGCCUUUCGGUGCCCUUAAACCCCUGACCAGAGUGGGAUGGAGGCCCAUGAGCAGGGUUGCCCUGUACAAGUCGGUACCAACUCGGCUGCUCUCGCGGGCCUGGGGUCGCCUGAACCAGGUGGAGUUGCCCACGUGGCUCCGUAAGCCUGUGUACAGCCUGUACAUCUGGACCUUCGGGGUGAACAUGAAGGAGGCGGCUGUGGAGGAUCUGCACCACUACAGGAACCUCAGCGAGUUCUUCCGCAGGAAGCUGAAGCCGCAAGCGCGGCCGGUGUGCGGCGUGCACAGCGUGAUUAGUCCCUCUGAUGGAAAGAUCCUGAAUUUCGGGCAGGUAAAAAACUGUGAAGUGGAGCAAGUAAAAGGGGUCACUUAUUCUCUGGAGUCUUUCUUGGGACCUCGUGUCUCGACAGAGGAACUGCAUUUUAGUCAGGCCCCACCUGGUAACUCUUUUCAGCAACAACUGGUCACCAAGGAGGGGAAUGAGUUGUACCACUGUGUGAUCUACCUUGCUCCAGGGGACUAUCACUGCUUCCACUCGCCCACCGACUGGACAGUGUCGCACCGACGGCAUUUCCCAGGCUCUCUGAUGUCUGUGAAUCCCGGAGUUGCUCGCUGGAUCAAGGAGCUGUUCUGUCACAACGAGCGGGUUGUCCUUACAGGUGACUGGAAGCACGGCUUCUUCUCACUGACAGCUGUGGGAGCAACAAACGUGGGCUCCAUCCGCAUCUACUUCGACCAGGACUUGCACACCAACAGUCCAAGUUACUCUAAAGGUUCCUACAAUGACUUCAGCUUCAUAUCCAACAACAACAAGGAGGGAAUCCCCAUGAGGAAAGGGGAACAUUUAGGGGAAUUUAAUUUAGGCUCCACAAUUGUCCUAAUCUUUGAGGCACCCAAGGACUUCAAAUUCAACCUCAAAGCCGGACAGAAAAUCCGCUUUGGAGAAGCGCUGGGCUCUCUAUAGAAACUGUCUCAGCAAGAAGAUUUUCUAUACAAAGGGACUCUUUUCACACCACUGUUUCACUUUACCAAGUCCUUAUCACUCAGCAGGACCUGGGUGAGCAGAAGAGAAGAUGUCAUUGCUGUGUUAACCUUGGGAGCAUUUGCUCUACAUUUACCUGCUGCUGAAUGUAGAAACUGAGUUGAGUGAUCAUGGAUGUAUCAGGUACAGCUGCCUUUAAAGAUGUUGCCCAUGGAGGUUUCUGUCCCAGCCUGUGCCUGUGCUGUUUCAUGUUCUCCCCUCAAUGUGCCACAGGAUAAUUAUGUUCUUAAGUCCCUUUUAAGCCUUCUGAGGCUGUGCAGGUGCACUGGGGAGGGGUGGAGAUUACCUGUGUUUAAAGGGACACUGACAGGCUCAGUCUCAGACCUUGUACUUUAUAGCUGCAAUAUUUGUUUUUCAGACCUUGAGUAAAGAAUAUGUCCUCAUAUUUAUUUUGUUCUAAGAAACUCUGCUGAAAUUGUCAAAUAAAGACAGCCUGUGAAUGCACACAGAGCCAAACAGUGAGACUGGCUGGUGUGGCUUCACAGCCCAAACUAAGCAACACGUGCAACAGAGCAUCAGUAGAAAGAAUUACACUCAGCCAGGCUUUCUGCUGUUGAACUGGACAACUCCAGUUCUGUUGCCUGACAUUGUCCCUUUAAAAAUGGACUUUGCACUGUAUUUUAAACCUGAAAACACUGUGUCUACAUUCCAGACAACAGCUCUUGUCAUCUUGGGAUUUUCUUUUAAAAACAAACAAAAAAAACCCCAGACAGAGGUGUGUGUACUAUUCCUAAUCCAUGGGUUUAUUUUGCUACUCCAGGCCUUAAAGUUUUUGUCUGUAUGAGAGACAGUUACUUCACCUCUUGGAUUAUGGAGUUAGAAGACACAGGGAAUGUUUUUCUUAUGUGAUGUGAUAGCAACUAAAAUAUGCUUUACUUUCUACUAUGUAUCUUCAUUAUUGCUUUGUCACUAAAUUAUUGAAGAAUUAAUUUCUCUAUUACAGAACAGCUUCAGAUACUUCAGGACCAGUUUUUAUUGCUCAGAGUGAAAUGCCCUAUGCACUGACUGUGUUUAAAAACAUUAUGGCUCUUUGAAGAAAUCCCACGUUGCCUCCCAGGUGCCAACCUGGCCCUCCCUUGACUGGCAACAAUUUCAUCUUAUUCAAAAUAUAAAAAAACCUCACACUGGCUCUAACUUCUGCCCUCAUACUUAAAGCUAGGAACGUGCUGGGGACUGAAAGCUCUGUGCUGAAGCUUCAUCCACAGUAAAAUUUUAGAGUUCACGUCAAGAAGAGUUAAAAUCUCACACCUUGGAUCUGUUGCAGGUGGCACUAUGUGGUGCUGACAGAAACCGCUGCCAAAGUGAAGAGGAAUUGAGUUUUAAAGCAAUGUAUCAGUUGUUUUUAGAGAAUAAACUGUUUCAAGUCCCAGCACUCAAACAUUUAGAACUGAUUGUGCUGUCCAGAGCUUGUUGGAGUGGACACGCUUAUGAAACCUGCCUUUCUGCUUUCUGAAAGAUUUCUCAUAUUACUUCCUUGCUUGAGCUACUUUUCUGCUACUUCAAGGAGACAGGCUUUGACCAGCUCUGAUCUCCUAAAGAAACCCUUAUCUUCUUUGUAUGCACUGCAGAAAAUAGAAUAUAAUUUUGUUGUACAAAUGUCCAGUUUGCCAAGUCCUGUAUGCUUAGCUUGUCAUCAGGGAGGAAGGGAUGAUGAACUGCCUCUAAGUGACGUAGCCCAGCCCUGGGUCAGGGGAUGGUGGUGGCUGUUUGGGUGACAAGCAGGAGAAAAUUCAUUUGGCUCCAGGAGUCAGUGUUUCCUCACUUCACACAGGGAGGAGUUUGAAAGCUUGAAGUGGCUCUCAGCCACCUAUCUUGUUAAACUUCUUGGCAUUAGCAAGUUUACUCCUGCAGCAGUAUAGUACCAGAUGCAAGGGUUUUUUUUAAACCUUUGAGAGUGAAAAAAAAGUAAGUCAAAUAUCAACCCCAAGAGGAUAAAGUUAUGGUGAGAUUUUUGAUUAAACUUCAAUGUUGUGUUAACAGUAGAAAGCAAAUUUGUUCCAAUGGAUGAGAAAAAAAGACAAGUGAAUCUUUUCCCCCUUUUCCCCUGGGGCCUUUGGCACCCAGACACAGCCAAAGGAAGUUUAAGCUUUAAUUUCUUCCUACUCAGCAUCAUCAUCCACAGUAUCUGAAGGUUACUGUUAGCCUGUGAUGGAGGACGGGUUACUUGAUGUUUGCUUUAUUAGAAAGCUCAGAAGGAGGAGAGGAUCCAGCAAGUGGCUGUUUUUAAGAUGGUUUUAAUACUGUGCAGAGCGAGCUAAUAACUCAACAUUGCUUGUGAUGCAGGGCCAGCAACACACCCAGAACUGAAAGCAAAGUUCCUCGAGGGUACUGAUAAUGCUGUGAAUUUCUCCUGCCUGGAGAAUCCAUUUAAUUCAACUGUAUCAGUAGCACGGUAUUUUUGUAUGUCAAAGUGUAUGACUUACUGACAUGAACUCAUUUAAUUGCAAACAUUUUGAAAUAAAGAGUCUUAUCUGUGUUGCUUA